UUAAUGUCAUCACCGUCGUCACACGAGAAAUGUCACUGUAAUUUACACACCGUUCCUGCAAAACUAAAAUAGAAAAUAAAUUUAGUGUAAAAAACAAGUCAAAAAGCUGUCACAAUGCUUUACGGAGCAUAUUUGAGUAUACUCUUAACAUCGCUUGUUAGUUUUGCGAUCGCUGAUCUAGAUGUGGACGAUUUAACAGAAGAGUCCGGACGAUUUACAAUCGAGGGAAAAGUUUAUUCUCCCGAAAUUUACUCAUCCAAUGUAAAUUGGCAAAAAGAUACUGCCAUCAGCAUCAACAAUGGUGAAUACAAUGGCUAUUUGAAAGAGGAUGGUACAUUUUUCAUCAGCAAUGUGCCGUCGGGCAGCUACGUGGUGGAAAUUAUCAAUCCGGAUUACAUGUAUGAGUCAGUUCGUGUGGAAAUUAAUCCGAAAGGAAAAUUCAGAGCUCGAAAGUUGAACUACGUGCAACCGUCCCAAGUGAUUCAAGUGCCCUAUCCGUUAAAAUUGAAGGCGGUUACCCGAUUCAAGUAUUUCCAAACUAGAGAACAGUGGAAAAUCACCGAUUUCCUAUUCAGUCCAAUGGUACUGAUGAUGAUCUUACCGUUGCUGCUGAUGCUUAUUCUACCACGUAUGAUGAGCGAUCCGGAAACAAAGAAAGAAAUGGAAAAUCUGAAUAUCAACAAAAUGACGAGCGAAAUGCCUGAAAUUAGUGAGAUGAUCACAUCGUGGUUCUCUGGCGGUGCACCAAAGAAAGAUGACAAAGCGAAGACUGUGUCGAAAACCAACAAAAAACGUAAUUGAUAUUUAAUGAAUUGUGUUCUAGUCUAAAUGUGUUUGUUGAGUGGUUAUAAUGUUGUCAACCAGAGUAAACUCAACGGGAGUUUUGUUUUUCGAUGUUAAUCCGAGCGUUUUGCUCGAAUAUUAACUAAAUUUAGGACUUAAUUGUAAAGAAAUAUCUUCAACAAUUUUAUAAAUUAAAUUAAAUAAAUUCAUUAAAUCCAACAC